GACGUUCUGCUGAUCGUACAGGCUAACCAGCAGGUCAUCCCGGUCCUUUCUCGUGUUUCUGAGCUGCAGAGGAGAGCCGACCAUGCCUGGACUUCUGCUGGGAGACGAGUUCCCCAACUUCGAGGCCGACACCACCAUUGGCAGGAUCAAGUUCCACGAUUUCCUGGGCACCUCGUGGGGCAUCCUGUUCUCGCACCCAAAGGACUUCACCCCUGUCUGUACCACUGAGCUCGCCUGUGCCGCUAGGAUCAGCGAUGAGUUCAAGAAACGAGGUGUGAAGAUGAUCGCCUUGUCCAUUGACAGUGUGGAGGAUCACCGCCAUUGGAGCAAGGAUGUGAUGGCAUUUAACAGUGAAACUGAAAGCCCGCUGCCAUUCCCCAUCAUCGCUGAUGACAAGAGAGAGCUGUCCGUCCAGCUGGGCAUGCUGGACCCUGACGAGCGAGACAAGGAUGGGAUGCCCCUCACUGCUCGCUGUGUCUUUGUGAUUGGCCCAGACAAGAAGCUGAAGCUGUCCAUCCUCUACCCCGCCACCACGGGCAGGAACUUUGACGAGUUGCUUCGAGUUAUCGACUCUCUACAGCUCACUGCACAGAAGAAGGUUGCCACACCUGUCAACUGGAAGCCUAAUGACAAAGUCAUGGUGAUUCCUUCACUCUCCGAGGCUGAAGCCACUGCUCUCUUCCCCAACGGUGUGACCACUAAAGAGGUGCCUUCUGGGAAGAAAUACUUGCGCUACACCCAGCUCUGAAAAGACACGACAUCCUUCUCUAGUUUACUGUCGUUUUGACAAAAAAUGAACUCCUUAUGAUAAUAAUUCACAAAGCUUUGAUCAAAAGCCUAGAUGCACUAAUCUGGUUUGUUGACUGUCAUGCAAUGAACAAGGAGUAUUUAUAUUGUCAUUUUUACGAUGCCUUCUUUCCUUCAAUAAACAAACUUUUUCACA